CGCUGCCCAGGGAAUGUGAAGGCGGCCGGUCCCAGCGAGCAGAGAGGCCGAAGGGCAGGAGCCGAGGAGGGUAUGUCUCAGGCCCCGGAAGCGCAGCCGAGCCCACCCUCAGUGUACCACGAGCGGCAGCGGCUGGAGCUGUGCGCUGUCCACGCCCUCAACAACGUCCUUCAACAGCAGCUCUUUAGCCAGGAGGCUGCAGACGAAAUCUGCAAGAGGCUAGCCCCAGACUCCCGGCUGAACCCCCAUCGCAGCCUCCUGGGCACCGGCAACUAUGAUGUCAACGUGAUCAUGGCUGCCCUGCAGGGCCUGGGCCUGGCCGCCGUGUGGUGGGACAGGAGGAGACCGCUGUCCCAGCUGGCCCUGCCCCAGGUGCUAGGCCUGAUCCUGAACCUACCCUCCCCUGUGUCGCUGGGGCUGCUGUCCCUGCCACUGCGCCGCCGGCACUGGGUGGCCCUGCGCCAGGUGGAUGGCAUCUACUAUAACCUGGACUCAAAGCUUCGUGCACCUGAGGCCCUGGGGGAUGAGGAUGGUGUCAGAGCCUUCCUGGCGGCUGCCCUGGCCCAAGGCCUGUGCGAAGUGCUAUUGGUGGUAACCAAGGAGGUAGAGGAGGCCGGCUGCUGGCUGCACACAAGCUGACCACUGCCCGUGAACAGUUGCCUGCUGCCACAGUCCUGAGUGCCCAGUGCCUGGGAGAGGCCUGCAACUCCAAGCCCCAGCAGGUCUCUCCCUACCCGAGAGCCCCCACUCCCCCAACCACUGCUGCCUCAAUAAAUCUGCUCUUUUGCUA